AACUUCGAUCCAUUCAUGCACGAUUCUCAAUGACCAAUACUGGGCAGUUUGAACAAAAAUAACUGUUUACGUUGCUUGCACUCCACCUGGUAUUUGGUGAUAUUCGCUCCAAAAGCGAUGCUAUUGGUAACAUUGGUCCAUUGUCUAGGCGUGGGUUCAGCUUGGAAGCCAAUGCAAUGGAUAAAAUCCGUGCAUAUUUUUAAUGCCGUGAAUGAAUGAGCUGAUUGAAGCUUUAGUUGUUUUGGGGCAAUCCGGGGCUGUCAGUAAUUCAUUGAUAGGCGGCGCUGCGGAGCAUUUCCCUGUUUGCUUCAUGCAGCGCCCACCAAUCAGCGCCGCCGCCCGGCAGGGCCUGCUUUGUGAUGGAAACUGAUGGAAACGUAGUACGUGCUCUGCGAUCUGCAGCAAGCCCCGGUCUCAGGGCUUACUACAAGAGCCGUGCCGCCGUAGCCCGGACAUGUAGGUGAGGCAGACUCGAUUGUAGCGAUCACCCGGCGUCUGGCGCAGGGUCUGGAAACUGCCAAGACAAGUGAUUACUUCAGGACUUUACAACUAAAGUGCAAUGCUACAACAAUGAAAGGGAGUGGCGACAAAAGGAGGGGAGACCGCAGAUCAGCCGGGAGUAGAGCAUCAGAACCUGCUGUGCAGAGUAGAGCUCUGGGAUCAGACGACAGCGAUGAUAACAGUAACACAGACAUUCUGGUGGGAAGACACAGGAAGUCGGGCCGGGUAGGACGAGCCCAGCAGGCUCACAACUCCAGAAACAUUGAGCAGUCAGCUCGAGGAAAAUCGUCUCGAGCGCUCCACUCAGACCCCGUUGCAGCAGUGGUAGAGGCUUGUGCAGAGGCGCACGCUACCUCCGACACCCUGUCUGACGAUGAAUUCAAACGUUAUGAUGCCGGUUUCGAGUCUGACGACGUCUUCGAAAACGAGGGCAUGUUGGGGACCUCCCAAAAGGAGGAACCUACACUGUCCAUGUCUUCACUAGGUUCCAUGGGACAGAAGAGUCCCUCAAGGAAAAGAGACAGUCACAUGCGGCCAGCGAUGAUCCGUCCUGACGGAAAGCGUAGCUCUUCCGUCUCUCCAAGUAGCCCCCAACUGAAGUACAAGAAGGGAGACGUGGUGUCCACUCCAAAUGGGAUCCGGAAAAAAUUCAACGGCAAGCAGUGGCGAAGACUGUGUUCUAAGGACGGCUGCACCAAAGAGUCACAGCGUCGGGGUUACUGCUCACGCCACUUGUCUCUGCGAGGCAAGGGUUUGCAGUCAAAGGGAAACUUGGCUGGCGUGGAGAAGGGAAUGUUGCCUCCCGCUGAGGCACGGUUACAGGUCGACACCGAAGACUCUCUCCAGUCUGGUCGUGACCGUUAUGCUGCUCUGGACAGAAAGCAUUCAGACAUGGAUGAGACAGAGGCGGCGAACAUGCUUGUUUCUCUCAGUAAUUCUCGCUCAGCCACCCCUUGUUUCUCGCCCCACCCUGGCACGCCGUUGCCAAUCUCUCCCGGUUCGCACUCCCUCUCUCCCAUGAUGGGUUUCCAUCCAGUCAACUUCUCUCCAGUGAACGUUCAGCCAGCGCCUCUGAGUCAGUCCGAGCUGGUGUCACCAACCUUCAAGCAGUGGGGUCCCAGCUACGCAAGAAGCACUUCAAAGUCAGUUCCACCUGUCCUAGAAACGACAACCCCACAUCUGAAAAGUAGUCCUCCUCAGAGACGUCAAGAUGUAAGUGUGAUGGUAUCGCCCAGUAAAGUCAAGGCCGAUGCCAUCGUUAGCCCCCCUGCUCGUUAUCAGGAUAUGAUGGUCACACAAAAGACUACGUUGCAUGAAACCGUCUCGGAUCACAGAAACAGCUCCACCACCACAUUGAGCUCGCCCGGCGUUCCGGGGAGGGACCCGGGCAUGGUGUUCAGACACAUCCCGUUCGAGCACCACCAGCCUGCGGGCAGACCUCCCCACAAAGAAACAGUGCAAUCAGUUAUCCCCACACACCACAGAAGACAUCACCGAUCGGCCGAGGAAUUGGGCCGGAACCCCCAUCAGACUCCCUCAGACCACAUCCAACAGACUGAUCCCCAGGUUCCUGUGAAAGCUAAUGUCACGGUUGCUGCAGAGAACCCCGGUAGUAGAAGUUGUCCAACAAAAGUGACUACCCCAAGCCUUCCCCCCCUGAGUAGUAAGAACUAUCCAGCUUGCCCAAGCCAACCCUUGUCCACCCAGUCCACUCAGACAACACAGACACAGCCCCGACAGGACCCCACGGCCCACCCGCCCCCGUUAGCACUCCUCCUUCCUGUGAUGAACCCGUCUCAGCCGACCCCAGCAGAGACAAGACCACAGAAAAGCAUAUCACCUCCAGUUCUCAAGCUCAGUCAAGUGUACAGUAAAGCUGAGCCAGUAGCUGUACUAGUGUAUCCCUGGCAUUGCUUACUGCCAAUACUUCAACCUUGGAGCUCGUCGAGGGAAGAGCGGCCGCCAGCAACACUCACAACAACACAGCCUGCGCCUGAGCAAGACGAGAAAACAACAGAUGAAGAGAGCAGUGAUCUAUCCAUGUGUCACCCACGACGGAGAAUGUCGGUCGGGGCAGGAAGUGACCUGGAGCUGGAUGUUGGGCUCAUCACAGAAAGAAAACCACCAUCUGCUAAACGACGAACACAGUCUCUGAGUGCUUUGCCCAAGGACUCAGAUUGCAAGGAAGGAAGAGGAUCAAGAAAGAAGGACAAAGACCACAUCCGUCGCCCAAUGAAUGCCUUCAUGAUCUUCAGCAAGCGCCACCGGGCACUUGUGCACCAACGGCAUCCCAACCAGGAUAACCGCACGGUCAGCAAGAUCCUUGGAGAAUGGUGGUACGCCCUCGGGCCUCGAGAGAAACAGAAGUACCACGACCUUGCCUUUCAGGUAAAGGAGGCACACUUCAAGGCACAUCCAGACUGGAAGUGGUGCAACAAGGAGAGGAAGAAGUCCAGCAGCAGUACGGGGAGCGGAGGGCGUCGUCAGGAACAGGAGAGAAAACUGUCAGACGACAUGCCUUCAUCACCGUCAACAACUCAAGCACAAACAUCCAGUGGAGAAACAGUAAAGACAGAAGCCGCUGUCCAGGUCACAGCUGUCCCUGCCUCUGCUGUCAAGUCAGAGGACCCGCAGGCUGCACAGCAGAGCUCAAAGGAACACUCUGGCAUCAGCUAUGCUGGGAAGGGCGGGGUCAUGCCUGAAGCUCCGUUCUCAGGGCGCGGCCGGUCCAGGCUGGAGAGUGAGGACACCAUCAGUGAUGAUGAGCAGAUGAUGAUAUGUGAGGAGGGUGAUGAUGAUGUUCUGGUCGACCCUCCAGGCCAGGAUCCCGACAUCGACCUGAAAUGUAAGGAAAUGGUGACGGAGAGCGACAGCGGGAGCCAGUCGGAGGACGAGGUGAUGAUCGAGAACAAGAUCUUCCCCCAGCAGCGGUUCUCCCCCGCCAUGAAGCCCGCCCUCCCCGGAGACAUCACCUUCCGUCCAAAGCCCAUCAAGCUCCGACCAGAACCACAGCAGAACACAAACAUCCAAGUCAGCAGAAUGACAAGCAAUAUGGAAACACAAGGGCAUGUGUCUGUCUCCCAGAUACCGUUCUCUCGACCAAUCAUCAGCAGCAGUAGUUUCCAACCUAAAGGUGCAGUAUUCAAGGUUCACUCCCCAAAAGGACACUUGGGAGGCACUGUGAUGAGUAGGCAAACUGUUGUUUCUUCUACGCUUUCUUCAGAUCUCAGAACUACAAGAAGAGACGCUGGGUCAUAUGGUCCAAUUCCAAGCAGAACUGAAGGCUCACAUGGUGGAAUGUUUGUUGAACAAAGCAGCGUGCGCUUCUCUGUUCCGAAAGCCACAUAUACGAGUAGUGUUCACUUUCAAACUGAUACAGGCAGCAGUAUAACACAGCCAGUGGAUGCUUUUGCAAAGUCGGCUUCUCAGAUGGGGAAUUUUGCCCCUCUGUCCAGCCUGACAGCGCCAUGCAGUCCCAGGACUGUCCCCAGCACCGGGAAGGACAAGUCGGGAAGGAGUGUGGAGUACUGCAGAACCUCUUCAGCUGGACUGUCAAACAGGAGUUCCGAUGCCCGCCCGUUCCUUCCGGACCCCACAGCAAUAUCCAAGUCAACUGUUGUGGACAGCAGCAGAAAAGUUUCAUUUGCGGGGACCGGCGUCUUUUCCAAAUUCUCUGUCAUAAGAACAUCUGCUGAAGUGCAGCAGACUCAGACACCAAUGAAAAUCAGUACCAGCAUAGUAGAAAGCAGAGCACAAGUUAACAAUAACAUUAAACAAGGAAUUCCUGCUGUAGGACAGAUUCCCAUAGUAGCCCAACCGACUCUGGUAAUGCCGCAGCUACAAGAAACACAAAUGAUGUCGUCAACGUACACAAGUCAAAUAAAACAUCCACCUCCUAAUGCUUCUACCCAAGUUCAGAUAGCAACAGAUGCAGGAAACGUUUCCACAACACCACAUCAGCAGACGCUGGCUGCAUCAACAUCAGAGAUGUCCAGGGUGCCGAGUACCAUCACCAAGGUGCAGUAUGUGUUGCCGACACUUGCUGCAUCCUACGGUACCUCUCCCUACGCGUGCACCAUCCAGCUCAAUGUUCCCUCCACCCAACAGAAGACAAUGGUGAUGGGACAGCCAGGUGUGACAGCCAUUCCCAGAAGCAAGACUCCUCAACAACAACAACAACAACAACAGAAAGCAGCCGACAAGCCCCCAGACAACAAGGUACCAGUGAGACCAGCCGGGCAGGUGUUGACCUGCAGACCGCCGGCGACCUCCCCAGCAGCCGACCCCAACAUGAACAUGCAGUGGAUGCCGGUGGGAAGCCACGCCCUCCCCUCCACUCCGAUGUUGAACCUGCGGGGGCCCAGUCUCACGCCGGUCCUGCCCAGCAUCAACCUGCAGCUGGUCUCACAAGCGGGGCCUCAGGGCGCCGUGAGUAAGGGAGGGAAGGCGGUACGGAUCACCACCCAGCCCAGUCUGACGCCGGCCGGCAGCACCAUACCCAUGGUGGCCAACGUAACGGCAUUGAUCCCCUGUUCCACUCCAACAACACAGCUGACAGCUACACAGGUUGCCCCCGUGUGGCAGUUUGCAGCGGCUUCCCAGGGUGUACACGUGGCCAGUCUGCUGAUGCCUCCUGUCAACGUCAAGAAGAAUCCAGGAAUCAACACGACCACGGUCGUCCCGCAGGAUGUGCCACUACCAAACAUACCUUUGGCAUUGUCCUCAGGGGUUCCAAGUUUGCCCAGUCAGACUCCACCAGGCAGUGCGGCCACAGUAGGGGGGACUGUCAACCUAGCAGCUCCGCCAAGAAAUGACACAAUAGCUGCAAAAAGUGCUGCUGCUGGGCUGGUACAGCUGCUGUCGGGACAGCCAGCGAGUGGAGCAGCGUUCCCUAACCAGUUCAGCACCACUGGAACUGGCUACAGUAGGAUGCAAGUCAGUAACCACACAACAGACCAUAAACAAAGUAGUAGAAGCAGCGCAGUGACAAUAGCGGCAGCUCCACCUACAACUCAAAGUGUGGCCACUGGCAAAGAUGAUUUGCAGAGCAUCCCUGGAAUGCCAGGUGUUGUCUGUACGUCUGCAUCUGAAGUUAAGGAUCCCUCCACUGUGACAAGCAAUUGUCAACCUUCUAACCUUCCUGUGAGCCAGGCCUCCAGUCGGGUCCAGACAAACCCUGCUGUGUCUAUGGACACAGCCACUGUUACCCAGCACCCUGACAGACCACACUCCAAGGAUUCUACCACAGCAGGUCAAGAGCACAAGCCACAGUUGCCAGAAACCUCAUCACAGACAGAUGCAAGCAGCCUGAAGAUCCUAUCGGAAGUUGAUUUUGAGGCUCGGCUGGCGGAGCUGCCAGAGUUCCAGCCCAGCGGCACCGGGAUCAGCAGGCUGACCACCACACCCAGGGAGCUGCUCAGCUGCUACCGACGCAAGCGGAAAGGAUCCAGCAGUAUGCUGUCCAAGGAUGGGGAGGCAGCUCCAGAGGAGCCAGAUUCACCCAAAAAGUCGCGCCCAAGACGUAAGUCCAGCACCAGCUCGGAGCCGAGUGUCGGGGAGGAGCUAGCUAACAUGGAGAUGAUGGCUGAAGCUGCUGUAGCUGUGCAAAGGAGAGGCUCGCAGAGCUCGGACGGUGAUGUGUUCAGUGAUGUGGAGGGAGACCGUACAUCCUACUCCUCUCUGCGGCGCACGCUGGACCAACGAAGAAACCUCGUGAUGCAGCUGUUCCAGGAGCAGGGACUCUUCCCAUCAGCCCAGGCUACUACAGCAUUCCAAGCAAGAUACCAUGACAUCUUUCCCAGUAAACUUUGUCUGCAACUAAAGAUAAGGGAGGUUCGUCAGAAGCUGAUGCAGCAGCAAGCCCAUGGUUCAGAGGGAGGGGGGGAGGAGGACUCAGUGUUCCACACCGAGGACAAGCUACAGGUCCCUCUCGACGGGACAGAGAAGAAUGACAACGGUCCUGCUGCAAUGGUGGCCAGCACCAUUUAAACUCUUGUGGGUCAAGCAAUGAGUCAAAUGAAAUAUUUUUUUUGCUUUCUUUAAGUGUUAAAUCUUCUAACAUUAUUCCCCCAACUCACAGAAUAUGCGUAAUUAGAGGUUUUCAAUGCAACGUCCCUCACUAUAAUGCACUUGUGUACAUCUUGACUGUGCAUACCUGGGGGAGCUGCACAAGGGAUCUCUCAAACACACUGUUUUAAAGAGUGGCAGAUAUAUGUAAGCUAGUGGAUACAUGGUUAUAUAAAAAUGCUGAUUCCCAAGUUGGGUCAUGAAAAUAACCCAUGCACCAGUUAUCACAUGGAAAUACCAGAUCAGGAAGGUAGCACUUAUGUUGUUACUAAAUGAUUUUCUUGCCUGAAUUAACUUGAAAGACAAAUUCAAGAGACAUACAUGUUCUAAAAGUGUGUGUGUGUGGGGGGGGGGGGUUCUUUGGACUAGCCUUAAUCAUAUUUUUUAGAAUAUUAAAAAUUAUUCUCUGUUUAACAAUAAACUGGAAAAAUAGAUGUUAUUUCCAAAUUAAGUUUACUGCUAAGCAAAAGCUCACCAACAACUUACAUGGUGAACUGUACAAUGCCUCAGAAGGACUACAUUUUGUACACUUAGUUUUACUAAUAGUGUCUGUGUUAAGCCUGUACUAUCAUGAUAGUAAAACACACUAGCUAAAUGUACUUACAGAUUACACAGCAUCAGCUGACAGGACAUACCAACUGCAGUAUUUUAGACUGCAGCAACUAGUGUUGCAAAUUCUGUAUGUCUUUCAUUGAUGUUACAAUAUAACAUAUGCUGCAUUUGACAAUAUAGAUAUUUCUUAUAUAUGGAUUGGUGACUAUCCUGGGGAAGUAUCGUUCAUGUGAACCCUUGUGCAUGUAGUGCUGUAAAGUAAAGACCACUGUAGUCUAAAUCUAUCAGCUGAGAUAUAUGUUUACAAAACAGCUGCAUAUUUGGUCUCAUGUUUGAAAGAAUGACCAUGGUCCUGAAAAAUUAUUCUGCAAAAGCCAAGUUUUUAACAAAUUUCUAUGUUAUGGGGGGAAGUCAACCUUGCAAUUUACUUAGCCCAGGUAAAUUGGACUUAACAGAAAUCUGUGUAAUUAUUAUACUAAGCCUCUAGAACACAAAUGUAUACUAUAGAAAGGUGUCUGGUAGAAUAUUGAAGGAUGGAGAGAUGCCGAAUGGGAGGCUCUUACACCCCCUUUCCACUAGAGGUUGAUUCCGCUGAGCAACCAAAUAUCUGACAGAUCGCUCAACGAAUUUCAUAGAUAACAAUUCUUUUUUCAAGUUUUGUGAGUUUUGUUGUCUUUAAAAUCAUACAUUUACAUCUAUUCCAAUCAUGAAAUCUAGCAUAACACAAUUUAAGUCGCUGUGCUUAGCUCAGUGAUUGGUAGCCUUCUAGUGGAAUGGGGGCCUUACUGGAUACAUUUCAUUUUUCGGUCAGCUGGUAACAGUGUAGGAUUUUCCUAACUUUGGAUGUACCCAUGACACAGGUAUUGUCAGUGCUAAACUGUGUUUUGAAUGAUGGUCCUUUCCCUUUUGUACACGUAUAUUGAAGUAUCUGUGGCCUGAAACGCUCUGGCCUGGUGUUGUAAGAGUUACUGUGUAACAUUAGUAGCUGUAAUGCAAUACUUCAGCAUGUUCAUGCUUCAGGAUUUCCCUGGAUAGUGAAUAUGCAUGUUUGCCUGUUCUCAUUCAUCUUGUACAUGUCCUCGUCCAAGGAACUUAGCUGUCAAACUUAAUGACCAAUCCAUAAGCAUCACGUGAACAGUCUGUAGCCAGCGCAAUGUCGAUUUUAUCCUUAAUAGGAAAUUACUUCUGGCAGAUGUACUAUGUAAAGAGCUGAUAAAUGCGGAUGACUUAGGAUUACUGCACCUUACGUAAUUUGUUGCAUUAAUGAGCACAGGGUGUCACUUGCCCAAUAACCUUAGUUUUCAAAGAUUGUAUUUCAUAAAUGUUGAGAAUAUAAGAAUUGCUAUAAUUUGUCUUCAGCCUCCUUGUCUAGCGAUUUGAGGAAGGAGGAGUUACUUAUGACUUGAAUGUUGUGACAUUCUGAAUCUGCAUACAUGUAUGUGAUAUUAUGUUUUAUUUGAAUGAAUCAACAAGUCACAGUUGACAUGUGAACUGUGAUGUUUACUUAUGCACUAACAUUUUUACUGGCACCAUGUAUACAUGCACAGGUAAAAUGUGACCAAGUAUUUUUCUACUUGAUAUGUACCAUAGUACAGUUCAGUUUUGGAAUCGUGAGGCACCUGUAUUCUAUUGUGUCGUUUGUAACGUAACCAUACUUCUGUGAAACUUCUAAAGCCCACUUUAUGUUGUUACUACAUUGUACUAGGAGAUCUAGAGCAGCGCAGGUCUUACCACUCAUUGCACUCACCAUAGCAGAUGUGAUACAUGAACAUCAGUUUCAACAUGCACAGUGGUGGCACUUGAGGUCAAUUGCAUUUGACUUUUGAACUCACAGAGUAAUUUUGGUUGUGCUGACAGUGUUGAAGCAACUUGUGGAAAGUAUACCACAGUUUUAUCCACCCAAGAUAUAUUCCAGAAUGAAACAGUGAACUCUUCUAUCUCUGUCUGUAAUGUUACUUCUUUGAUAUUUUCCAGCACUCUUUAUUUAUUUAUUCAGGCAUGAUUGACUUUAGUGACACCAUAUAGUUUUGGUGUGAACGCAACCAUUUGGGAUGAUUUUCUGUCCAAUGUUUCUGCUAAUGAUGCUACAUAACAUAUAUAAUUGUAUAUAGAAAUCACAGGUGUGCGUAAGCACCAUAUAGUCUCUAUCCACUCAUGUCAUAUCAAGUACACCUGCAUCAUCCUCUAUAUCUGUUGUCAAAUAUAUAUUGUGAUAUCCCAAUUUUAGAGCAAUAAAUACAGACUGUUCUAUGAACUGA